CUGAGUGAGCUGGCAACGCUGAGUCACAGAUGUAAACAAGACGAGGAGGAAAGCUGAGUGGCCCUGAUAAGCCCAAUUGUGGCAGUAAGCGGAAGAGAGGACCGAGAGGAGGAGGACCCACGAAGCGACACAGGCCAAAAGAAAAGGGAGAAGAAGAGGGGCGGGGCCUUCAGACCAUGACGCUCCUCUAAACACUUGUGACAGUUGAGCACCUCUUGGCAAUGUCCUUGGAGUGGCGUCGUUUUGUAGCACUCGUGAAGGAAGGACAAGCAUGUGAGGUUUCAUCAAGAUGAAUGGCAGCAGCUCUCAGACAUUUGCCCAGAGCAGUGCACUUCUGAGGGACAGAAGACAAAAAACUUUCAAAAUAAUUGUGAUUGGUGACAGCAGUGUUGGCAAGACAUGCUUAACAUUCAGGUUUUGUGGAGGUCAUUUUCCGGAGAGAACAGAAGCCACAAUUGGGGUGGAUUUUAGAGAAAGGAAGCUAAAGAUUGACCAAGAAGAAAUCAUGCUGCAGUUGUGGGACACUGCUGGUCAGGAGAGGUUCAGAAAGUCAAUGGUACAACACUACUACAGAAAUGUUAAUGCAGUCGUGUUUGUGUAUGAUGUCACCAGGAUCUCCACCUUUGAGUCUCUGCCUUCUUGGAUAGAAGAAUGCAACCAGCACAGCUUAAGCUACAACAUUCCAAGAAUUCUUGUAGGAAAUAAAUGUGACUGUAAGGAAGAACUGGCUGUCCCGACCAACGUGGCUCAGAGGUUCGCUGACCACCAUUGUAUGCCGCACUUUGAAACUUCUGCCAAGGAUGACAGCGACUGUGACCACGUGGAGGCCAUAUUCCUCACUCUGGCCCACAAGCUCAAGGCUGCCAAACCCAUGAUGCCCAUCAGUCCAUCUCAGUUCCCUGCUGAGCACAUCCACCGGGCACAGGUUGAGUCUGUUGGUAGAGAAAGAAAUGGAAUAGAAGUGAACAGUACUGAUUCAUGUUACUGUUAAUGCAUUUUUAUAUAUUAACCUAGAUUGAUAUUUAUUUUGGAUUUGAAUAGUUGGGUAUGAAUGCAAGAAGUGUGAAAUGUACUUGAAUACAGGGAAUCCUCUUCCAUUGUGUGUUUGUAACCAUGUUUCUUAGUAAUAACUAGUGGAAUAAUUACACACUCACAAGCUUUAGGAUUCACAAGUUUUCCAUUGUCUUGGACAAUAAUUUAUAAAUGGAGGUAUGUCAACUUAUGAGUAGACAAAAAAAAUCUUACUAACCAUGAAUCACAUGAAUAUGUUGUACAUGAAUACUUUAAUAAUUUUCAGUCUAUAAGUUAAUUCAAUGUUCUUAGUACUAACUCCAAGGGCACUGUCUUAUAAGGGCAAAUAAUUCCCUUGAUAGAUGCAGGAGAAUUGCUUCUCUGAUAUAUAGAAGUUUAAAGGGGAAAGCUCCUGAAAAACUGUUAAGGAAUAACUGGAAGGAAGAAGUACCCUCAGACUGAUAGAUGAAGAACAAUUCUGUUAUUUUCCAGUUCAGGUAAACAAAGUUUUCUGGCUAUUUUAUUGUUGCUCACCAACUCACUUCCAUCUUACAGUAAAAGUCUUGCAGUUUCAACAUAUUUUCUAGAAGAAAAGGAGUCAGAUCUUCAGCUAUAUAAAAUAAUCACUUUAAUGCUUCUUACUUUAAAUAAUGGAAUUUCUUCACAUGCUUUUACAACAGAAAACAUGCCAUAUAUACGUAUUAGAGCAUAUAUAUUAGAUAUAUCCAUGGAAAUAGAGUUGGAAUGUCAGCAACUUAUCAGUCUAGUCAUUUAGUGAUGAUGUGAUACAGAGAUUAUAUCAGGCAUACUUCCUUGUAUAGUUCUCAGUAAGAGAAGGUGGAGGGAUUGGGGAAGCAGCAUUAAUAACAAUUAGAUUAGUCGAAAGUCUUAGGAGGGCAGAAGUCAAAAGAGAUGGAGGAGCUGAUACCACCACACACAGGGGAAGCGGUAAUCAUUCUAUGGGAAUCUGGAAAGUACAUCCUCAUGUCUUCCCACCAAGCAGAAGCAUGUUGCAGAAGCACUGCUUCCUCAGUGGGUUCACAGAUUGUAUAGGAGCAUUAGGACAGAAUUUAGAAAUGGAGUUGUGAUCAAGGAGCCCAAUGGAGAGUAUAGUUUAACAAUGAGCUGAAGGGUUAGAAGAUAGGAAGAGGUCUAGUGUAUUGGGGGUGUAUCUAAAGCAGUCAGGGAUGUGUGCAGGGUGCUGAACCAACUGCUCUAGAUAAUAAAGGGGAGCAGUGUUGUAGGUUUGUUCACUGGGCUGGACAGUGAGAAAAGGAUGAAAGCCAAAGAUGGUGGUGAACACUGAAAUUUUAUAACAGAUUUUUCAGUGAAUGGAAGAGUGAGUCAAGAUGUACUCCAUUUUAGAAAGGAGGAGAGAUGGAAUUUUACAGAGUGGAAUUUUGAGCAUAGACUGCAAGUGUUGCCUAAGUUAAUAAAGAGAAAUUUUGA